UCCCCUCUUCCCCGGCUCAGCCUUUUAAGAGCGCGCGAGCCGCUUUUCCCGGGGACAGCCGAGCCGAGCAGAGCCGAGCCGAGCCAGCCGGGCAGGCGCGCGUGCGCCUCUGCCCGCCCGCGCCCAGCUCCCUCGCCCCGACGACGCACGCCAGCCGCCGGUCGCCCCGCGCGGAGUUGCGAGUGCUGCGCCUCUGCCCCGGCUCCCACCACGGCCUGGCUGCUGCUGCCCGGCACUUUCUCUUGCUCUGCGCGGCCGAGAACAACUUGCCGCCGCUGGGCCGAGCGCUCCUGCCGCCGCGCCCCGAUGCUGAGCCGCCCCGCCGCCGCCGCCCAGUAAGCCGGCCGGCGGCAUGCUGGUGCUGCCCGUCUUAGCCGCGGGGCUGGCCCUCAGCUGGUGGGGGGCGGCAGCAGGAGCCGCCGCCGCCGCGGGGGGAGCCCAGCAGGAGAGCCCCCCGGGGAGCCGCUUCGUCUGCACCUCGCUGCCGCUGGACGCCGCCGCCAGCCCGGGCUGCCCGCUGCCCCCGGUCCCCAUGCAAGGAGGCGGCGGGCUGCUGCCCCCCGAGGAGGAGCUGAAGGCCACCGUCUUGCAGCUGCGGGAGACCAUCCUGCAGCAGAAGGAGACCAUCGGCAACCAGCGGGAGGCCAUCCGCGAGCUGACCGCCAAGCUGGCCCGCUGCGAGAGCGCCCCGGCGGGCCCCGACGGCAAGGGCGGCACGUGGCGGAAGGAGGGGGGCAAAGGCAAGGACACCAUGGGCGACCUGCCCCGGGACCCCGGGCAGAUCAUCGACCAGCUCAGCCGCACCAUGCAGGCCCUCAAGGACCGGCUGGAGAACCUGGAGCACCAGCUCCGUGCCAACGUGUCUUAUGCAGCCCUGCCUAACGAUCUCCGAGUGAUGCUUCAGAGGCGCCUGGAAGAUCUGGAGCGCCAGCUUCUAAGCAAAGUGGCCGAACUGGAGACCGAGAAAACGCUGCUUCAUAAUGAGACGUCCACCCAUCGGCAAAGGACCGAGGCAGCACUGAAUGCACUGCUUGAAAGGGUUUCUGAGCUGGAAAGAGGUACCAGCGCCUUUAAAUCGCCAGAUGAAUUUAAGGUCUCCCUUCCUCUCCGCACCAAUUACUUGUACGGGAAGAUCAAGAAGACACUUCCAGAGCUGUACGCCUUCACCGUGUGCUUGUGGCUGAAGUCCAGCGCCACACCCGGAAUAGGAACACCCUUCUCCUAUGCAGUCCCUGGACAAGCCAACGAAGUCGUGCUGAUUGAAUGGGGCAACAACCCCAUUGAACUUCUGAUUAAUGACAAGGUUGCCCAGCUCCCACUCUUCAUCAGCGAUGGGAAAUGGCACCACAUCUGUGUCACGUGGACGACGAGGGAUGGCAUGUGGGAGGCUUUCCAGGAUGGGGAGAAACUUGGCACCGGUGACAAUCUAGCUCCUUGGCACCCCAUUAAGCCGGGAGGGGUCCUGAUCCUUGGUCAGGAGCAGGAUACUGUUGGAGGAAGAUUUGAUGCUACCCAAGCUUUCGUUGGAGAGAUGAGCCAGUUCAAUAUAUGGGACAGAGUCUUAAAGCCAGAAGACAUCAUGAAUAUUGCUAACUGCUCCACCAACAUGCCCGGGAACAUCAUCCCGUGGGUUGACAACAAUGUGGAUGUCUUUGGAGGUGCAGCUAAAUGGCCCGUGGAGACGUGUGAAGAGCGCCUGCUAGAUUUAUAGCCAUGACCAUUUCUCAUUGAAGUGCCCCGUUUUUAUCAAGACAAUCUCUCAUGAGGUCUGAUGCUCUUACUUCCCUCCUUAUUCCCCUGAGUGAUCAUUAUUUUUGAUAGCUCCUUAGUCAACCGCCAGAGUGUACACGUCCAUGGGACACAAUUCUCCAGAGACAUCAAGCCCCGUUGAAGGAAAGGAGCGACAUAUACGUUCAUCCUGUUGCUCUUGUUCACCGUUUCCGCCUUUUGAUGGGGAUUCUGGGCAAGUCCUUCUCGGAGAAUUCUGUCCGUGGUUUGCAGGCCGCUGGCACAAAUUUCAAAAACGGUCACCCUUUCUGAUGUGAGUGGUCUUUCACACCUUAGGGCAGAUCCAAAGUGCAUUGUGACGACGGCUGGAAAGCAUCCCCUUCCGUUUCAAUUGGCUUUGGAUCGGCACCUCAGAGCAACAGUCCAGGCCCUGUGAAGAUAGUGUAUCCCUCUCUAGAGACAGAAUGCACCCCUUCUAACAACACAUGGUGUCAAAUAAAGCACAAACGUCGUAGGGGGGGUUAGGUCUAAGGGCUUACACAUGAUCAGCUGUUGCAGGGGAUUAGAAACCCCACUCGAGGUUGGGACUGGCAAUCUCAUGUUUGCCGCUUAACUUGAAUGCAGGGGGAAAGCAGGGAAGGAGGGCUUAACCCUUCCUCUAUCCAUCACUUCCCCCCUUCAACACCCCCCUUCAGGUGCUUCCCCUCAGGCUUCUUUCUGGUUCUGGAGCUUGGUUAGCUCGGAUAGCAAUCAGGGAUAUGGGCUUGGGAAGAAGCUGUGAGCAGGGGGAUGAUGAAUCCCUUCUCCCCUGCGGAUGCAUCUUGGGCCUGUAUUCAUAUUGAGGUGGCAAACUCAAAAGUUGGGAAAUCUGUGUGCACUGCAUAGUAUCUAGUCCCAGUCUAGGUGAGGGCUGAUUUGAAGGUACUCAGUACACAUACAGGCCAGUGUCUCCGAAUCAGAGAGUCUCAAUUUUGUCCCCUCCAGUAGCUUCCAUUUCCCAUGGGCCACCCAGGUGAAAUUUCCCUCCUAGGUCUGUGGACAAUUCUGCAGGAGAGAGCAGAUGGGGCCCUGUUGUCUCAUGGAUGUGAAAGCACAAGGGGAAUGUGGAUCGCAGGUCCGCCAUGAGUAUAUACCGGCGAUCAGAGGGAGGGACUUAUCAGCAAGCACAGUCACCGGAAGGGUUUUGAUAGCACGCCAGGCUGAUUCAGACACGCAGAAACAAUAGGUUGUACACUCCUCCCUGAAAGGCAGUCAGCUUCACACUAGGCACAGAUAUUGGAAGACUUUCCUAUCGCAGGAACUCCCUGCCUGCAGAAAGCUAGCUUCUCAGGGGGAACCUUUUAGCUGAGUAUUCUCUCCUCAUGUUAGCCCUCCAUGGGUAGGAAGGCUUUUUGCUCUGCUGGAGGGGUUACUCAAACAUCUGACCCCCUCCCAUCAUGCACUCCUGCAGUUUGAAAUAAUCUGGGCACGAAAGGUCUACACCACAUGCUAAGCCCGUUCACAGGACCAUUUGGGGGUUGGGUAGGAGCACAGGGAAGCUCCCACCCCAUCAGCAGAGAUGAGCAGCCCCUCCAUUCGGGUCCACAAGCCCAGCCAACACACAAACUAGGCAGCUGCUGGGCAUAUUGUUGAAUACGACAGCAGUAAGCCCUGCCGGCCAUGGAAGGUCCUCCAGGACUGCUUCUGGCUUCCCAGCAUGCUUUGUGUUGCCAGCAGAAUGGAAGUGGAAUGUCUUCCUGGGCGGCUGCUCUGGCCGCAGAACUCUAUGAUCACGCUGUGGUGGAGGGCCGACAUGGUGCUAACCAUGUAGAAGAAGCAUGCGAGUUCUCCUAAGCAGAGAAUCAGGGUAGCAGGACUCUCCUCUCCUCCACUCUUGGUCAACAGUUGAGUACAAAAGCUGGGAAGCCCUGCCUGGGUAGCAACCUGGGCUGGAGGGAUCUGUGUGGGUUCUGAUGACCACGCAGAGCUAGGUAGCCUGCCUCCUACCCUGGUUCUAACAGUUGUGUGAACCAGCCUGCUAUUUCUGCACUUUUGAAUUGACCCUCUAUAGCCUGCAUAUCAAUGAGCAAGGUGUGAAUGAAAAGUGAAGAUACCCUGAUUUAGUGAUAGAGAUGUGAAGGCCUGGGGGGAAAAGGGGGGGGGGACACAAUCCCCCUGUGUAGUUCCUGGUCUUUUUCUGUUUCCUCCCAGCUGUUUCCCCAGGCCUUGACAUCUCUAUUCCGUGACCUCCUCUGACCCGUGUUCAGGGUUUUUUCACUAAAAAAAGUGAUUAAAGCAAUAUUGGACAUGUCCCUCCACUCUCCUGCUUCAGCGCUAACCGCUAGCAGUUACCCCCAAGCCUGGAGGUGGUACCUACAGAUCAUGGAAAUUCCAAACCUUUGCUAAUAAGAUUUACUCUUCCCUCUACCUGAAUGCCAGUCCUACGUUUGGUAGCUCUUUCUUUAAAGGAGCACUUUUCAAAAAACAUUAUAAAAACCUUGUCUUAAGACUGCAUCGUCAAGGCCCUUAAAGAGCAAGAUAUGCACUAAAUACAUUGCUAACCAUGUUGCUGGAUGGUGAAGAGUCCGGCAACGUACGUGUGUGUGUGUGUGUGUGAUAUAAGCACCUGCAUUCCUUUUUAAAAUGAACCUGGGUGCAGGUCCCUGGAAUGUGUGGUACUAAUAGGGAAUGUCCUGCCAUACCCAUGUUCAAUGUAAUUUGUGAACGACUGUACCUGGGUAUAGAUCUGUACUUGUGCGCGCUCAUUGUACGAGUGUUCGACAUAACAUGUGAAUAGGAAAGGAGAGCUGGUCUUGUGUAGCAAACAUGAAUUGUCCCAUUUGCUAAGCAGGGUCCACCCUGGUUUGCAUUUGAAUGGGAGACUACAUGUGAGCAUCCUUAGAAGAUGGGGCCACUCUGGGAAGAGCGCCUGCAUGCUUGCAUGCAGAAUGUUCUGAGUUCCCUUCCCAGCAAUAUCUCCAAGAUAGGGCUGAGAGAGAUUCCAGCUUGCAACCUUGGAGCUGCUGCUGCCAGUCUGUGGAGACAAUACUGAUCUAAAUGGACCAAUGGUCUGACUCAGUAUAUGGCAGCUUCCUAUGUUCCAAUGAAUGGGGCGUGUGCUGCUCAAGUGGUGAGUUCAAUGGCUCUAGCCAAGUUUAGCUAGCAGAGGAUCUGACCAAAGUCUGUCAAUUUCAUUUAAAUUUGUCCAGUGCAGUUUGGUAGUUGUAGGGGCUAAGAGUUACUGAUAGUAUGUAUGUUCCGUGCUGGCUGAUGAAUGUACUGAAACAGGGAUGUUUACGAAAUGGAUACUGUAUUCUGUUUCGAGCUUGAAACAAAACGCAAAAUGGCCAAAACGUUUUGUCAAAACAGCAGCCGAGCCGGCAGUUUCGAUGAAACAAACUCAAAACAUUUUGAGUGUUUCGACCAUAGGGAACAAUGUGGAAACUCAGAAGACCCCAUUGAUCCCCAUGGGUAGCUCCUAGGGACACCAAGAUGAGUUGGGUGUUAGGACAUAAUGGGUGCUACCUACCACCCACCCAACCCACCCACAAAAGCAUUGGGCAAGCAGAUUUUAAACAUUUUUAAAAAACCUUUUCCCCAAACCCUCAUAGGAUCAUACAUUUUUAACAGCCUAUCAUAGGCUAGGAUCCCUACAUUUUGAAAUGCCAUCCUUUUGGGUUCCCCCUCCCUCUUCCCUCCCUCCAGCCAAUGGGGGCACAGUGGCCCAUGACCACACUUGAUUUAUAUGAUAACAAGCCAACCAAGAAGCAAGGAGAUCACAAGCCAAUCGGAAGCCAGUGCCAGAAAACCAACCAGCAAGGGGCAAACAGGCCUCCAAAACGGCUCUGGAAAAGUUGAAACGUUUUGAUCGAAAUCGGGGUUGUUUGGCUCCAAGCUCAAAAUAGGCUCGAAAUGGCCCAUUUUGAUUCAAAACAUUUCACAGUCAAAACGUUCUGCACAUCCCUAUACUGAAAGUCAUUGCUGGGUUUGACUUGGAAAUGUUUACGACCCUUUAUUCACUAUGCAAUGGUUACUUUGACCCCUAGAGUGGCAGAUCUGUAGGGUUGCCAGUUGGCUGGAAAAGAAACAACGGGGUCUGUAAUUGGCUAACAGCAGCCUGGUGUUCAGGACUCAGCAAGGGAAGCUCUUUGCGGUGGAUAGGUACUGCUUUAAGGGCGAAGUUGGCUGGAAAGCCAGUUGAUUUGGGCGGUGGUGGGGAUCAGUACAUGUGAGUUCAAAUUACCACCGGGUGACGAUGGGGAUGGGGUUGAGUAUCUGCUUUGCAUGCAGAAGUUCCCAGGCGCUAUCCUCCAUGUAGGACUGGGAGAGACUCCUGCCUGAAACCUUGGAGAGCCUCUGCCAGCCAGUGUAGACAAUACUGAGCUAGAUGGACUCACUAUAAGCUUCCUAUGUUCCAGGUUAGUGGGAUGGUUUCUUCAGGCAAGGCUGGGAAAGACACCUGCCUGAAACCUUAUAAAGCCACUGCCAGUCAGUGUAGACAGUACUGAGCUGGAUGGAACAACAUUCUAAUGUGCACAGAUGUCUCUUUCUCUCUCUGUCCAGUCGUGUCUAACUCUCAGUCACUCUAUGGAUCACUGCACUCCAUGCCAUCCUAUCUCGGACAGCUUCCUUUAAGUCCACCAUGGUCAUUCCAGUGUCAUUUUUUAUAAUAUCCAGCCACUGAGUACAAGGCCGUCCCCAUCUCCUCUGCUUUUAAUGCUGUGCAUCAUUAAAGGCAGAGUAACAAUGGCCUGCUGAAAAUGUGGCAACCCUCUCCACCUUACUGAACCUCUGCUCCCUUCACCGCUCUCCUCUCCUCCACAAAUCUCCUCUUCUCACAACUUGCUACAGGAAGGAAGGGUGUGCAAAACGAACUGGCCAGACAUAUUACCAGGUAAAGACCGAAAGGAAAAAGUAAAGGUAAAGUGUGCCGUCGAGUCGGUGUCGAUUCGGUGUCGACCACAGAGCCCUGUGGUUUUCUUUUGGUAGAAUACAGGAGGGGUUGACCAUUGCCUUCUCCCACAUAGUAUGAGAAGAUGCCUUUCAGCAUCUUCCUAUAUUGCUGCUGCCCAGUAUAGUACCAGCGGGGAUUCGAACCAUCAACCUUCUGCUUGCUAGUCAAGCAUUUCCCCACUGCGCCACUUAAGGUGGACCUGGCAACCUCAAUUCUGUCUCGCCCAGCUUUGCUGCAGUGCGAACCUCCCUCUGUAUCUUCAGACCAGGCCCUAGCCACUCCUGUUUUUCUUUAAAACCGAUACAAAAUGUUUUUGUUUUUGUUUCUGAAGGGGGUCGUAAUUUCUUUUCCUUGAAAAGGCCUUUAAUGAGUAUGUGCCAAAGUUUGUUUGUGUGUGUGUGUUUUGUUUUCUGCUUGCUAAGAAACACUGGGCCCCAUUCAGUGGGAAGUUCUUCUGCAAAAGGCGUACAGAAAUGAAUGGAACACAGUUGAGCUGUCAUAAAGCCUCUCAUUUGUGUCAAUGGGGAACUUUUUUAUAAUGUACAGGAGAAUUUAUGUACAUAGUAUUGUCCCUAAGCCAGGCAAUUUUUGGCCAUUGAUACCAUCUUGGGACAAAUGCUCAUAGUGAUAUUUGGCAAUGCCUACUCCUCUAGAGAUGGAAAAUGGGUGCAUUCUCUGUGUUAUCACCUCCUCUUUAUCCCAACCCCUAAACAAUUAGGGUAAAAUUGCAGUUGUUUUUGUACAGAGAAAAGGGUUAGAGUAAGGACAAACAAAUAAUUGUAGUCUCUCCAUGGAGAGGACAUUAGAACAUAAGAGCAGCCCUGCUGGAUCAGGCCCAAGGAGGCCCACCUAGUCCAGCAUCCUGUUUCACACAGUGGUCCACCAGAUGCCUCUGGGGAGUCCACAGGCGAGAGGGAUGUGCACGCCCUCUCUCCUGCUGUUGCUCCCCUGCAACUGGUAAUUAGAGGCAUCUCACUUCUGAGGCUGGAGGUGGCCAAUAGCCCUCAGACUAGUAGCCAAUAAGAGACGUUCCUGCCAAUUUUCAUUUCCAUUCCUCUGACAACAUUGAUAAAAAUCUGUGUUUUAAAAACUUUUUAAAGCUUUAAAAACGCCAUUGGAAAUGUGGCCGCUGCAGGCCGGAUGUUCAGGACAAUAAAAGUACGAUAACACACUGAAAGCGAUGGGUCUUGCAAUGCUGUCAUCUCUUUUCCAUCUUUUGGAGUGUAGACCUUGCCAAAAAUCACAAGGAGCAUCCAUCCCACCAGGUGACCAUCCCAGCUGGCUCAUGUACUGAAAGGAAGUAAUCCUUUAAAAAAAAUGUAUGGUAGAACUUUAAGGUACAGGAGUGUAGGAGAACUUCCCAAUAAUUUGGCCUAUCAUUAGGCUCACCUCUCCUCAUUUUUAAAAAAUGUGUCUCUCUCUGUUAAAAAAAGACAUUUCUCCCAUGGUGGUCCUUUGUGCUUAUUGAAAGACAAGGGCACUGCUUUGCAGCUUUUCAGCUCCUCUUCUCCAUCAUGACUUCUGUAAACUCUGAACUGACUCUAAUGUUUUUGUUUUUUUAAAAAAUAUUAUUUUCUCAAUACCCUCGCAGAACUAGGUGAGAGUUUUCCUUUUUCGGCAUUUGGUGACUAUUUGGCUUGUGGUGCUCAGAGUUCUUACACGAUGUACUGGGUGGGGGAAAAUGCUGAUACUUUUCAUGAAUUUAGAGAAAAGUGAUUUUAAAGGGAGGGGAAAGGAGGGAAUUUGUAAUAUAUCAUAUUUUAUUUUUCAUAUGUUUGGAGCUCUGUUCUAGUGACUGUAUCAUUUGUAGGAGAAAGUUACAUAUUUCCAUUAAUAUGUAGUAAGAUGUUCUUUAAAAAAAAAGAGCCUAAAUUAAAAAAAAAUUGCACUGUAAAUGAAA